CACAAAAAGUUUCGACUAAAUCAAUCUCGCUGCCAAGUCGUUUAACAGCUGGCCAACGAUACGAUUAGGUUGUCGAAUUAAUUCCAAUUGUGGCAUUUUCGAGUGGAUUAUGUUCCGCCUCUCGUUGGAAUUCCACUGCCCUAUUUUAACUCGUUGAAAUUACUUACUUGACCCUUGAGUUUACAGUUGGGAGAGUUUGUCAUCCAAGGAAUCGAAUGGCCUCUGGUGUGACCGUGAAGGUAGAGAAGCGCCCGGCUCCUAACUCCGAGGAUGUCCAUACAAGCAUCAAAAAAGCCAGGAAGCUGCUGCCCAGCCUGAAGACGAAGCGGGCGCGGGAGCUGGUGCUGGUGAUUGGCACGGGCGUGAGCUCGGCGGUGGCGCCGCAGGUGCCCGCUCUGCGCUCCUGGAAGGGCCUGAUCCAGGCGCUGCUGGACGCCGCCAACGACUUCGACCUGCUGGAGGAGGAGGAGAGCCGGCGCUUCCAGAAGAGUCUGCAGGAGGACAAGAACCUGGUGCACGUGGCGCACGACCUCAUCCAGAAGCUGUCGCCGCGGACGGGUAAUGUGCGCUCCACCUUCUUCAAGGACUGCCUGUACGAGGUGUUUGACAGCCUGGAGAGCAAGAUGGAGCACGUGGGGAAGCACCUGCUGCGCUCGGUGCUGCAGCUGAUGGAGAGCGGCGCGCUCGUGCUCACCACCAACUUCGACAACCUGCUGGAGAUCUACGCCGCGCACCAGGGCACGCGCCUCGAGUCGCUCGACCUCACCGACGAGAAGAAGGUCUUGGAGUGGGCCCAGGGGAAGAGGAAGCUGAGUGUGUUGCACAUCCACGGUGUCUACACCAACCCCAGCGGCAUCGUGCUGCACCCUGCCGGCUACCAGAACGUUCUGAGGAACACCGACGUCAUGAGAGAGAUCCAGAAGCUGUACGAGACCAAGUCGUUUGUGUUCCUGGGCUGCGGGCGCACGGUGGACGACACCACGUUCCAGGCGCUGUUCCUGGAGGCGGUCAAGCACAAGUCGGACCUGGAGCACUUCAUGCUGGUGCGGCGCGAGGACGUGGACGAGUUCAAGAAGCUCCGCGACAACAUGCUCGACAAGGGCAUCAAGGUCAUCUCCUACGGCGACGAGUACGCCGACCUGCCCGACUACUUUGAGCGGCUGGCCAACGAGAUCUGCAACCACGCCACGGAGUCCAACGGCUGGGGGUCUCCGUACGACGAGGAGGAAUCUCAAAAUGGCUUCAGCUCACAGAAGAGUCUCCUGCAAGACGACCACUCUUGACAGGUCUAGGAGUGGGGAGUCUCAGGUUUUUCCCUGCACAGUGUGUCCCCGUAGAGUAGCCGUACUUCCUCCUCUUCCUCCUCCUCCUCCUCCUCAGGUCUACAGUACACGGAUCGAUGGCAGAAGAAAGCCCCAAUCCCAUAACAUCCUAACCCCCCCCCCCCUCCCCCAACACUACACCCACCCCCACCUGUAUCCCCCACUCACAACACUGACUGUCCUGACCGUCCACCAAUCACAGACUGUCUGUGCUGAAGCGCACAGUAAUCCAGUGAUAAGGCCAACCACGCAAAUAAGAAGACUGUCUCAACACACCUCGAUUUGUCCCCCAGACUUUUUUGUUUUUGUUUGUUUUUUGUAUUUUGUUUCUUUGCCGUGUGUGUGUUUCCUGGGAUGCUACGGACUUCUUGGUCUAUGCCCUGUGCAGCGACGCAGCAGCAGCAGCUCUGAGGACUGAAGCCAGGAGGACUAAGAGCCAUAGACAAUUAGAGACUGGAACUCAGCACUGACGGUACUGAGCUGUGACUGUCAGUACUGUCAGUUACUCAGAUAUUACACUACAGCAGGCUGCGACUGUCAGUCUGUCUGUUGCGCCAAGAGAAUGUGAUGUAGGAGGCAUUACGGAAACUUUGACUUUGAGCAUCAAAAAAGAAAAAAGAAAAAAAAAACUGGUGAAUUUCUUAAUGGAAAACUUUUGUAUUUUGUAAAAAAAAAAAAGAAAAAAAGAAAAUAAAUACUGCAUGUGUUCCUUUUGUCAA